GCCGACACACACAAUCAUAUAAACAAAUACCAAUAGCUGAAUUUUCCAUAAGGGAAGCUGCCAUUAGAACUUUCCCUACAAGAACCUGCCCUCAAGAUAUCUGUCUUCCCCAUACCAAAUUCAUCCACCCAGAACAGUACCUCAAUGCGAAACCAUAGCAUGGCCAUACCGGCGAUUAACGAAGAAGAAGAAGAACAAAGGAGCAGCCUGUAUGCCUGGCAACUGGCAAGCUCGUCUGUUCUUCCGAUGGUCCUGAAAGCAGCUGUGGAGCUCGGGGUGCUCGAGGUUAUAGCCGCAGCAGGCCCCGGCAGUAUGCUCUCCGCUUCUCAGAUCUCGUCCGAGCUCAAGAGCACAAACCCGAGAGCAGCUUAUGUUCUCGAUCAGAUGUUGUGCCUCCUUGCAGCUCACUCUGUCCUCACUUGCUCCGUUUCUCCCUCCGAGUGCAGUACCCGUGCUGGACAGAGCCAGACCUCUGAGAGGCUAUAUGGGUUAUCCCCCGUGUCCAAGUGCUUCAUCAGGGACCAGGAAGGGGGAUCACUGUCUCCUUUGUUACACUUGAUUCAGGACAGGACCAUGUUAGAUAUGUGGUUUCAUUUGAAAGAUGCGGUUCUGCAAGGCGGACUGCCCUUCGAAAGGGCAUCUGGGACAAGUGCGGCAUCGUACAUGGGAAGGGAUCCGAGGCUGUCCGAGAUUUUUAGGGGCUCGAUGAAGGACUUCAACAAGUUGUUUGUGAUAAAGAUGGUGGAAACCUACAACGGGUUUGAAGGCCUAAGCACUUUGGUAGAUGUAGGAGGUGGAGAUGGUUCCAUCCUCAACACGAUCAUCUCCAAGUACCCUUCCAUUAAGGGCAUCAACUUUGACUUGACUUCAACCAUAGAGAGGUCACCCACUUAUCAAGGGAUCGAGAAUGUUGCUGGAGAUAUGUUUCAGAGCAUUCCGAAAGGUGAUGCCAUCUUCAUGAAGUGGAUGCUCCAUAACUGGAGCGACGAAGACUGUGUGAAGAUACUCAAGAACUGCUACGUCGCCCUGCCCGUGAAUGGGAAAGUGAUUGUGGUUGAACUGGUAAUUCCAGAAGUGCCGGAUCCUGGCUCCGCUUCUCGGAGCCUGUUCCAGAUGCAUAUGUUCAUGAUGAACCUGAAUCCGGGGGGAAAGGAGAGGACGGAGAAAGAGUUUGACAUACUGGCAAAGGAAGCUGGGUUUUCAGGGGUUCGAGUCGUUUCUUGUGCUUACGACUUUUCAUUCGUUGAGAUCUACAAAGACGAGAAAUCAUGUUAAAUGAUGGCUUGUCCCUGUAUCGGCAAGAAUCAGAGUGACAUUCCUGUUCUUUAUCAAAGUCUUCCUUCCUCCUACUUCCCCAUCCGUUGAACAGGUAGGCAAGAUCAAAAUUUCAAGCUCCGUACCUCAGCCUUGAAAUUCAUGAGAUUUACAGAGGCUCGAUGGUACUCCUUGAUGAUAGACAAAGCAAUUGCUCUGUAGCAAUUCUGCUUCUCCAUGUAUCUUCACUUCAUACUCGAACCGCAAAAUAAAAUAUAUAUUGAGAAAUGCAAUAUGAUUAGUCUUGCCCGAUUACAUCGAAGCAAGGAUUUGAGAAGUCCCCAACAAACAUUGUACUCUCAACGGCCCAUCUGCUGAGAAGCUAGAGAACGCUUAUACUAGGAUAAGUUUCAAA